CAGGACCGUCGGCCCGGUCGUCGGCAGAGUAUAAGUUAGUGUUAGUAUGAGAAGCGAUCAUUUUGAAAAACGGCCAAGUCAUUUCAUUCCGCUAGUGAAUCAAACAGUGAGGUCUGCUCUUUUAUUAGUUGGAAACGAUGUCAGCGAGAUACGACAGAGCUAUCACGGUAUUUUCGCCGGACGGUCACCUGCUUCAAGUGGAAUAUGCCCAAGAAGCUGUUAGAAAAGGUUCCUCCGCGGUCGGCGUACGUGGUACCGAUGUAGUCGUUUUAGGAGUUGAAAAGAAAUCGAUUGCAAAGCUUCAAGAAGAGCGGACAGUUCGUAAAAUAUGUCUUUUAGAUGAACACGUCGUAAUGGCUUUCGCAGGCCUGACAGCAGACGCGAGAGUGUUAAUUGAUCGUGCACAAGUCGAAUGUCAGAGUCACAGAUUAACCGUGGAAGAUCCAGUUACAUUGGAGUAUAUAACUAGGUAUAUUGCAGGUUUAAAGCAAAAGUAUACACAAAGUAAUGGUAGAAGACCUUUUGGAAUCUCUUGCCUCUUGGCUGGAUUUGACUACGACGGCAUCCCACAUUUGUACCAGACAGAGCCUUCAGGCAUUUAUUACGAAUGGAAGGCUAAUGCAACUGGUAGAAAUGCAAAGACGGUUCACGAAUUUUUACAAAAGUAUUAUACGUCAGAGGAAGUAGCUACAGAGAAGGGAACCAUAAAACUAGCUAUUAAAGCUUUAUUAGAAGUAGUACAAUCAGGCAAAAAGAAUUUAGAAAUCGCGGUAAUGCGACGCGGUCAACCUCUUCAGAUGUUGGAUGCAGAUACUAUUGAAGAAUACGUGAAUGAAAUUGAGAGAGAAAAGGAAGCAGAGGCUGAAAAGAAGAAGCAGAAAAAGUGAUGUCUUUACAUAGAGUUACACUUUUACUAUUUACUUAUCGGUGAAAUAAAUAUAAAUUCCACGGAUGAGAAACAAAAUUCUAAUACACCUUUUAUUUGUACUUUACUGUUGCGCUUACAGAAACCAUAACAUGUAUAUUCACACGUGUUUUUAAAUACAUGGUCUAAAAUUCA